CAUCGCGUCGAAAGCGAGUUUGACAGUGGGGCAUUGCAAACAUCUCGUGUGCAUCGAAAAGAUACGCGAUCAAAUUUUCGGCUGAAUGAACUAAAGUUUUCAUUGUUUCUAAAAAAAACAACUCAACUAGUGCCUCACCAAGCAAUGGAAGACCGGAAACGUGACCGAAAUUAAAACAGUGAAUGUUGUUCUGCUUUUCAACGUUGCGCUUGGUGCUGGCCUUGUCGAGAAAAAGUUAUCACAAGUGGAAAAUAUAACCUCACUUUUUCGGCGCGUAUUGCGCUCGGACCUGAAAGGGAAACAAACCGCCCGAACCAAAACGUACUUCAUACGCUAGUCCUAAACCCACGCGUCUUUUACGAAUUCUAGCGACCGGAUCAUUUCUUAGUUUCUAAUGCAAUACAUCGUUUGCGCUCGAUAAUGCCGGUUGUAUUAGAAAUGUCCUUUUCUUAGCGUGAAAGUAUUAACUUUAGUUUUAAUGCUCCAUUUCGGGCAUGUUAUUGACAAAUCACAGUGAUAAAAGCGCAAUCUGAGUGAAGCAAUUGUUUUCAUUCGUGUUCGUACGAGUCUCGUACGCCAAGAGAGCCUACGUGUGAGGCUUGGGUAGUGAAAGACCUUGUGUAAAAUCACAAGUACGGGAACCAGUGAAACAUUCUGACGCUUGCAGCAGUUAACGAGAGGCUGCUUGUUGAACGCAUCAAAUCACCCUCUCGGAGAUGGCUGAUGAACAAGGACUGCAACAGGGAGAGACUCUCGCUGGCGGUAUGCUGCAACAGCAGCAUAAUCAGCAGCAUCCGGAUGAGGAGGAAGAGGAAGAAGCUGGCAGCUUGAACGUGCGACCGAACGUUGGCAUAAAACGUAGAUACAGCGAGCUAAUGUGCGAGAGUGACGAGGACGAUUUCGCUGGAUUCGACGAGGACGCUGCUAGCAGUGAAAAUGGUACUAUGAGUUCCCCAAGACACUUGGAGAUAAUAUCCGAGGGUAUUUUGACAGCAGCGGAUAAUAAGUUGUCAGAAAACAGCAAACCAGGCGAAGAGGACGGUGCAUCUGAGUUACAAAACAGUUUGAAACAGGAAGAAAUGGAUACUGGCAGCUCAGCUAUUGGAGAAAAUAAUAAAAGUUUGGUGAAGAGAAAAAUAAAUGUACCCAUUAACACGCAAGAUGAUAUCUACAAAGUACCAUUUAAAUAUGGUUGGAAGCGAGAACUGGUGUAUAGAGCCAACAUGGAUGGAAAUAGUAAAGAUAAGGGUGAAGUAUAUUACAUUACACCUAAUGGAAAGAAAUUACGUACCCGUAAUGAUAUCGUAUCUGCGUUACACGACGAUCUCACGAUGGAUAAUUUUACAUUCGCUAAAGAGCCUGUUGGAGGAACACCAGACGAAGAAACAAUCAGGAGUGCCAAAUCUUACAGUAAUGUGCCCAAACGAUCAAUGCCCGGGGCAGCACAUUCUAUGGCGUUGGAUACUUCGGCAGAUUUGGGCAAACGUGUCCCGAAACCUAAAAUGCCGAAAGGAGCGAGUCCUCCUCCACCAUCAUCCUACGCCAAGACUAACUCGCUUAGUCUAACGCCACUAUCAAAAUCGUUUGCUUCGAAUGUAGAAAACUCGCCUAAAACCAACCCAGUGUCCGCAAACGCGUUAGGUUCCACGGGUGGGCAACGUAGCAGAACUCAGGGAGCCACGGGAUCAAUUAAAGGAAAUGAAAACAGUGGAAUAACCGGAAAGCAGACUAAAUUGGCUGGAAAAAAUAGGGUCGAAACUUGUACAAUCCAAUGUAUACCAGCGAUGGGAAUGAUACCGCAGCUGCAGUGUAUGGUAUGCUACUGCAUGUACCAUCCGGAAUGUGUUAGUGCUACAACAGCUGAAGCAUUGGCUCGUCGAUUUACUUGCAAGAGCUGCAUGGAGGACUCUAUUGCAGCGGAGCAACAGCAGCAACAAACAUACAAAGAAUCGUUCGGGAACUUUGGCAUGAUUAACAAUAACGGAAACAGUAGCAUCAGUGCGACAAAACCGUUAUUAACUUCAAAUAAUGGCGAAGCAUUAACGUCGAAACCGGCAGUAAAAUCCGCUCACAGUAGUGGACCGGUUGCUGCAACCAAAGAAAAGACAAAGCGUGCUCAACUGCAGAGUGCCGGACUUAAAGCUGACGUACCAUCGGUAAAUACACCGACAGGUACAUGCGGGCAAAUUAACUCUUCCACGAAGGACAUACCACCACAAGAUGUUCUCGUCAUUGGCAGUCAUGAAUAUGUGGUCGUACCAAAAGGCAAAGCAAGCGCUGUGAAGAGCAAAAAAUCUUCUACCAAACCCACAAAUCCUCAACCGCAGGUCGCAAUCAAAUUUCCGGAUGAUGCUCGAAAGAUGGGUAAUAACGCUGGAGGGGCUUCCACCAACGCUAAGCCAGCGAACUGUGCAAAUGAUCGCAUCUCAGAUGACGACACAUCAUCGCCUGUUGGUGGUGGAGGUCAGACGCGCAACAGCUCCUCGGCAGCACAAAAUGGAAGCGGUCGUGAUCCGUCCAACUUCUUGUCAGAUGUUUCUGCAGGAUAUACUUGUUUGAUGCUAAGCUUCAACUAUCUCAAAGUACAAGAACUUCUUCGUGCCUGCAGUGUUUGCCGUAUGUGGAAUCAUUUAGGAAACCAUCCCCGAUUCUGGGAAACUGUACGCAUGAAGAACUCUUACAUCAGCGAUUGGGCCGGAAUGAUAGCUAAGCUUCAAAAAAAUGGUACAAAGCAUCUAGAUUUACGAAAGGUUUUGAACGUCGGUAGUAAUGACGAGAUGUGGCAAAGUUUUAAUGAUCACAUUGGGCAGGCAGAUCAAAUAGAAGUUAUUGACCUGUGUCGGUGCUCUUCAACAGUUGUGGGGAACUUGCUUCGAUCAAACCCAAACCUGCGGGUAGUCAACGCACUCGCAAUAAAGAAUGAUCCCAUCGAUUUUGUGAAUUUUGAACACGGUGCAAAUUUGGAAGAAUUGCGUCUUAAAUCUUCAGCCGCCAUUUCACUGGAAGGGGAUCUGCACCAGCUGGCAGCUUUGCGUAACCUGAAACACCUAUCAUUAACCUCCAUUAGCAAGUUGGGUUCUACGUCGAUCGAAGCCUUGGGGUCACUCGUACUUUUAGAAUCGCUUGAACUGGGUGAAUGUACCGAAAUGGGAUCCAAUCUUGCCAACGUGCUAUCCAACCUAACAGCCUUGAAACGGCUUAGGCUCGAGAAAGGACAGGAGAACUUUGAUAUGUUUACCAUUCUGAAUGGCAUAGCCAGAGUGAAAAGCUUAACACAGUUAGAAUUAAUCAAUUGUGAUGUGAAGAUGGGAUUCGAUCGACACAUUUCCAACUGCACGAAUGUGAAGAAAUUGCUACUAAUCCCAACGUAUGUGUCUCAGUCAGCUGCAACGAAUCGGAUGGUCUUGAAAGGCAUCAUCAAGCUGCACCAAACAUUAGAAACGGUAGUGUGGGCCAUAACGGUUGAACUGUUGCGUGUGACGGAGCUCUACAUCGAUGCGAAUGUUGAAGACGCAGAAAAUCAAAUGGGAGGUAGCAUUCCCAUCUUGAAGCCUGUACCUGGAAGCGACGAUCCACCAUCCGCUAUCGGUUCUCAAUUGGAUCUGCCCGAAGAGGUAGAAAUCGUGCCGCUGAAGAGAGUUCAAUCCAUUUUGAAACGCAAAGUUCCAAACACCAAGUUUCAAAUAUUGAAAAUUCCUUUCAACAACACUUGGAAACAGACCAUGUGCGAUUUGGUGUAGUGGGGGAGAGGAAAUGGGAUUCGUCAUUGUUAAAUGAUCAUCGGAGUCAUAAGUUUGCUCACGUGUAAAUAGUGUAAAGAAUGCAGCGCCCAAUUAUUUACGUGUAGUUUAAUCGCUUGAUGGAUAGACAACUUUUCGCUGGAUGAAAGUUCCAGUAUUGCUCCGAGUGUGAAAAACUCGCUUUAAAUUUUAUUUUAUUUCCAAUCAGAUCGUUAAAGUCUUUAGUUUUUUUCCUGCUAUGAUAGUUAAGAAUGUAACUAGAGGCAUAUUUUUUUUCUGGAAUAUUACAAACUGUAGCAAGUACUAGUGUCGGGGAUAAUAAAUUAACAUCGACGGUUGAUUUACUAGGAUACGACAAACGUGUACUUCAAUUAUUUUAAAAAUUAGAAAUGAUUUUAUUACAUUCUUCGAGCGUACACACAAGACAUGUAAGAAGUGUAGGAAAAAAAUAUACAUUUUAAGAAUUAAAAUGAUCGAAUUGAAAGUGA